AUGAGUGACGAUCGACUUUCAACGGUUGAUCCACUUUCUUUCGCGAUCGAAGAAUGUACGUUCAUCACUUCUGUUAUGAGGAAGUCCACAAAGGCGGCGGCCAGUGGGCCGUUAUCUACGCUUCUUGGGACACAAUUCGGCAAAGAGAGUACACCAUACGGUGAUGACGAGGGAUCCACACGUCUCUCAGCCUUUCUAAAGUCUGGAAGCAAGAUUAAGGAGGACGAUCACUUCUUAAGUGGAUUCAUCGAGCUGAGAUCUAUGCUGAGCGAACUGAAAACGAUCAACGACAUUGAUAUGUUGACACUCCUACAGCCAUUCCUUCUACUGAUCAAAUCCCCAAUCACGUCCGGCUACAUAACAGGCAUUGCAGUAAGCUCUUUAUCUAAGUUUGUCAAAUAUGGAAUUGUGAACGAGAAUUGUCCAAAUAUAUUUCAAUGCUUGGGUCAAAUAAUAUCCGCGCUGUCGCACUGUCGUUUUGAGGGGUCCGACCAGACACAAGAUGACAUUUUGCUGAUCAAAAUAAUCCAGCUAUUGGAGCUGAUAGUCACUUCCAACUUGGGUGACCUCCUGACUGAUGACUCAAUGUAUGAAUCUGUUUCGACGUGUUUUUCCUUGGCAAUUAAUACCAGGAGACGUGAAAUUCUUCGAAGCGCAGCAGAGACCUCUCUUAUUGGUAUAACCGAGAAAAUAUUCAGCAAAUUGAGAUACAUCAAAGUUGAGUUUGGGAUCGACCACAAUGUCAAGACAACUGAGGUUGAACUUACUGCCACGACAGAAACUGGAGAGCUACCUAACGAUAUCAUAGGAGGUACCGAGUAUACUGAACCUCAUGAGUCCACUGUCGAGAAUAAAGUGAGCGCAGGCGAAAUCACUGAGACUGGAAUACAAUUCAGUAAUAUCCAGGACACCAACUCUAGUGCACAUGUAGAUCAUGAAGAACCUCAAGAUCAUAAAGCUUCAAGCAAUAAUGAAAACUAUUCUACCGCAGGAAAAGCAAGCUCUUUUAUCGCUGAUGAUGAUCAAGUUCCAUUUGGAAUUCCUUGCAUGAAGGAAUAUAUGAACCACACAAUCGAAAUACUGUCGCCGGAUAAUCAGUUCAGAUUUACCGAAAGUUCUAGGGUUUUGGCACUGAACAUACUCAACACCGUUGUCGAGGUCUCUGGUGGUGUGAUAGUCCAUCAUCCAUCUCUUUUCCAAUUAAUCUCGGACAAAGCUUGCCAUCAUCUGGUACAGCUUGUGCAAAAUGCGGACUCUCCCUACUUGCUUACUCUCGCAAUGAAACUCUUUUUGAAUUUAUCUCUCACUAUGAAUCAUUAUCUGAAGAUCCAGAUUGAACUUCUUAUGACUACAAUCUUUCAAGGUAUGGUGGCCGACUCGAGAAUGCUGAUCAAUGAUUUGGAUAAGAAUGUUGAGAGAAUUUUUGAGAUGGGGCGAAAAGGGACUUUUGAUAUUGAACCAUUGAGCGAAAAAGAGGUCGAAGAACUCGGAGCUGAGUUUCACACAGGAAAAGUCCCCGUAAUUAAAGAAAUUCUAGCGGAAACUUUGAGUGUACUAUGGGUACGCUCUCCUUUAUUUUUCGAUUCACUAUUCAAGUCGUACGAUUGCGACUUUGAUAGAUCUGACAUGGCAGAAUCGCUGCUGAAACUCCUUUGUCGGCUGUCUGCAUCUGAAGUGACGCUUUUUACUACUUCCAAUGUCCCUUCCAUAUGUAUGGAAGGUGUUCUUUCAUUUGUUGACGGUGUUUACGAGCGCACUAGAACAGCUUCUAGAGCUAACAUUGAGUUUGAAAAGCUUCAACCAAACCAAAUGGUUUUGCAACAAAUCAAAAAAUCUGACUUCAUUGAAUGUACCAAAAAAUGGAAUGAAAAGCCUCAGGAGGGCCUUGAGAUGCUUCAAGAAAAAGGAUUUAUUCGUGAUAUAACUGAUGUGAGCGAGGUUUCCAAAUUCCUCUUUGAGAAGUCCGGAAGAAUUGACAAAAAGAAGCUGGGUGAACUAUUAGCCAAGCCAUCUAACACUGAGCUUUUGAAGGAAUUUGUCAAGCUACUUGAUUUUAGAAAUCUAAGACCAGACGAGGCGCUGAGAAUGUUGUUGAAUAACUUUAGACUGCCGGGAGAGGCACAGCAAAUUGAAAGAAUUGUUGAAGCGUUCAACGAAAGAUACAUAGCAUGCCAGGACGCUGAAGCUAUAAAAUCAACUGAAGAAGAUGACGAUGAGAAAGUCACCCCUGACCAAGACUCGCUUUUUGUUCUUUCUUUCUCCAUCAUCAUGCUUAACACGGAUCUCCAUAACCCAAAUGUGAAGAAGCCGAUGACUUUGGAAGAUUAUCAACGCAACCUUAGAGGGUGCUACAAGGGAAAGGACUUUCCCCAAUGGUAUACCGAAAAAAUCUACCAUUCCAUAAGAGAAAAAGAAAUUAUCAUGCCUGAAGAGCAUCGGGGCACUUCAAAAUGGUAUGAAACUGUCUGGCAUUCUCUCAUUGCAGAGCAAGCUAGCAAGAUGCUAAGUGAAGACGUCAUUGUCCGGGAUAUUGAUAACAUAGAAGAUUCUCUGCAAUUCGACAAGGUUUUAUUUGAAAAGACAAGCAAGUAUAUUGUUAGCACCCUGGUCACAAUGUUUGAUGAUGCUACGCACGACAGCGUUGUUACAAGAAUGAUCUCCAGCGUUGAAAAGUGUGCUGCAAUUGCGUCGUACUUUGGUAUGAAUGACUUGGUGGAUCAUAUUAUUGAAAUUGUUGCACAUUUGACAACUCUCACUGGCGUGAAACCUUCGGAGUUCGCUUUGGAAUCAAGGGAAUCUCUUCCGAUCACCGAGCUCAAGCUUGAAAAAGAAAAUGAAACAAUCACUGUUAGCUAUUUAUCUGUUCUCUUUGGCCGAGACUUCCGUGCUCAAUUAAGCACCCUUGUGCUUUUCCGCAUUCUGAAGAAAUCCAAUUUUAGAGUAUCAAAGCAUUGGGACUUCCUUGUGAAAAUUGUUCUAACGCUUUUUGAAAACGGCUUGAUUGAACCAAAUCUGUUUCCAGAAUUUCAGAAAAAGAUUGGCUUGGAUAAGCUGUCAAAACCAAAACCAGAAUUUCAAUUUAGUCGUACUAAGGCCUUGAAAGACAACGGUUUGUUCUCAACUUUCUCUUCCUACUUGAAGGGCCUAUCUGAUGAUACUCCGGAACCCACAGACGAGGAGAUUGAGUGUACUCUUUCAGCUAUGGAGUGUAUCAAAACAAGCAACAUCAGCUCCUUGUUUAGGAGUGUUAGUAAAACGUCACCCGAAAAUAUCAAUGCUCUAGUGUCAAUUUUGUUGAAGUCAUUACCAAAGAAAGAAAAGGCCGAUCCUCGGGUCUUCAUACCCGAGACACUAUUUAUCCUAGAGAUCUGUGUUUGCUAUCUCUUAUUGACUGGAAAUUCAAAGCUUGUCGUUGAAACACUGAAUUUAUGUGAUGAGAUUUUCAGUCCGGCUGAGGACUUUAGAAUGGGCUGCCUGGUCAGAGUGAACGCUUAUAAGCUUCUGUUAUUGCAUAACGGAGACGACUCAAAUGUUGACCUUCUUAACAGCACUAUCGACAAAUUUUAUGAUAUUGCUGACAAGAACCGAGACGCUUUAAUGAAGUAUGGAUCAGUUAUUUUGCAUCCGUUACAAAUGUUGAUUCUAGUCAAAGGCACAUGGUGUCAAAAUAUCUUGGCCAAGAAUAGCAAGUACUGGUCUCUGAUCCGCAUCUUUGCUUCUUCCCCAAAAAAUACGGAAGUCGUCUAUCAGUUUAUGCGCAACCUUGUGGAAACGCUUCCCGAGAUAAUCACAUAUCAGAAUUACAUGGAUGUUUUAGGCCUUCUUGAUGAAAUAUCGGCGGUGGGGGCAUAUGGGGCACAAUGGGAGCAAGAAUAUGAUAAGCUUAUUGCCAGUGGCCACAAGGUGGAGAAAAAUAAAAACCCAUUCCAGGAUUUGGUGGCAACGGCCACAAAGUCAAUCACUUUGACAUUGGGAUUAGCGAAGCUUUUCGAUUCAGGCAAUUUUAGAUCCACAGUCCCGAUCGAUACUGAUAGCUCAUCUAUUUGGUAUCCUUUGAUUGAAGCAAUUGCUCAUCAGUGCUACAACCCAUGCAGGGAGCUGAGAUCUCACGCUCUGAAAACACUCACAACGUUACUUGUUUCCUCCGACUUACCGCUAGACAUUCUCUCCCCUGAAUUGGUCUUGGACGCAGGAUGUAUUCGUUUGUUACUCGAGUUACUGAAGCCGGAUGUGGAAGGCACAGAUGCGGAAGGAAUGAUCAAAACACAACACGAUGUGCUCAAUUUUACUUGCAAGGUGAUCCUAAUUUACAGAUUCACAGACGUUACUGCGGUUAUCAGUAAGGUUCUGGCUGUUUCUUCUAAAUUCAUUGUCAAGAAUCGACACCGUCAGAAUUUCAAGGAUGAGGUACUUGAAUUCUUAAAAAACAUGUUGCUUGUCAAGAAGGAAGAAGUAGAUUUGGAAAAUUUGGAAAAGCUACAAAUUGAUAGGUCGCUGAAGCUGAUGAUUGAGGGGAUAAGGGAAGCGGAGGAUUCAGAUGCGAAAGAAAGCCGCAAAAGCAGUGCGCAAGAAUAA